GCACUGUUAGCGGAAUCGUGUCUUUGAAAACUUUGAAACCCAUUUCUCUCGCGAAAUGGCAUUCCUUGAAAAUGACGCGCCGACGCAAAUCCGGAACUCUUCAGAUCGACGACACUGACGUCAUUGAAGGCCAAUCAACGGGCUCACUUUCUGAACUCAAUCUGGAGGCGCCUCUCUUCGUGGGAGGCGUCGACAGCACUCAAGCGGUGAACAAAAAUGCCGGAAUCACGAGCGGAUUGAACGGCGCGAUUCAACGGCUUAUUAUUAAUGGACACGUUUGGCAGGAUUUGUUUCGUCGCGCUCUUCUUCAGCACAAUGUGGACGAGUAUUCCGGUCCUCCCUGUGCUCCACAGUCUCCCUGUCUUAACAAUGGCCUUUGUCUCGCACGACGUCUAAUGGAAAACGAGAAUCCGUGUGAACUGCGUCUGCGCACAACCGCCUCUCACGGCAUUGUCUUCUUCUCGAGCACCGGCCGACCAAAUGGCGAUUAUCUGUCGCUCGCGCUCUCAAACGGUUCUCUGGAAUUGAGUUUCAAUUUGGGAAAAGAGAAGUCUCUUUCGGCGAGAAGUGAAUUCGCGGUAAACGACGGCUUCUUCCACUCGGUUCUCAUUCACCGCAACCAACGGCUGGCGUCUCUCCGAGUGGACGAC